AUGGAUUUGGUGAAAUAUGAGGACUGGACGGGAACGUGUGUGACGGUGACGGGUACCGCGUCUGUCAGUGACCUCAACUCGUGGUUUCUCAAUAAAGCCAAUAAAACAACAACGGGUGUUAGCAUCAAAUUGUCGGUGGUCGGCGUUCAAGUUACGUCAACAACUAGAAGAACAGGAGCAACAACAAGAACAGCAACAAGAACAGCAACAACAGCAACAGCAACGACAACAAGAACAAGAACAACAACAGCAACAACAACAAUAACAACAGCAACAACAACAACAACAACAACUGCUGCUACCACUUCUACUGCUACUAGAAUGAAAAUAGUGGAAUUGGGCUUGGGGAAUCAAUUAAAUCCAAUCAAUUCAACGACUCCAAUUAUUUCAACUAUGAAAUCGAAUGCGCCAAUUGUGCAAACGGAUACUACGAAAAGUGGAGUAAAGAAAUUCUGGCCAAUCAAAGGACAAAAUGGCGGUGAUAAUGGUGACAAUCAUGAGAAUAAUGGUGGAAAUGGUUAUGGCUAUGAUGUUCCCAAUAAUGGUGGAAGUGGUUAUGGCUAUGGUAUUCCCAAUGGCGGAGAAUCAGGAGUGAUAAUUCGAUUCUCUGAUACAUUUGGUACUUCGUUGGCUUUGCGAUUUGCGAAC